AUCGGCUCCCUUUCGCAUUAACUCUCCUUUUCUCCUUUCGCUGACAUGUAGAAAUACUCUCGAGGACGUAAGUAUUGCCUCCAUAGAUCGCAUAAAAAGAACCUACAGAGACAUACGAUGGUGGAUUUAACAGGCAUUAGUACGACGUUGUUCCUAAGUCUCAUCUUUGGACUUGGCAUACUGUUAGCCAGAGUCAUUUGGAACAGCCAACCCCAACAACCAGCAACAAAGACCCCGAAACCACGCUUAUUCUGGACAGUCCGUAUUUCCAACAUCCCUCGAUCGGAUACAAACGAAAGACUUCGCCGGGUCUUGAUCAGAAACGAUGCCGAAAGUACACCCGACUCUAGCAAGAACCUUGCCGCAUUAUCAUAUGCCCCGUCGCCGGUUGCGAGCCUUGCCCUUCGUUUCUCGGUUUCGACCGGUACGUUUAGAUACGCCCCAAAUUUGGAGGAGUUGCGCGUAUUGUUGCAAAAAGAAUUUGGUAGAGAUGCCGCGCGUCUGAGGAUUGAUGAUGAUUUCCUUGGUUUAACCACCUUAUAUGACCCCGAGAAUGGAGUGGAUGUGGAUAUAAUCGCCGUCACUGGCCUCGCUGGUCGUGCCUUUGGAUCAUGGAAGACAAAAUCUCAGGCCGACAUGUGGCUGCGGGAUUUCCUCCCCCAUUCCGUGCCUACGGCUCGCAUUAUGACCUACGGUUAUGAUACUAGGCUUCCUGGUAGCUACUCAGAAGCCGCCAUCACUGAUUUGUCUCGAAAGCUUCUUGAGUCAAUCAAGACCACCAGAGAUGAAACAUCAAAAAAUAGGCCUCUCAUCCUCAUAGGCCAUAGUCUUGGUGGACUAGUGGUGAAACAGGCAUGGGUAUAUGCGCAUGAGGGUAGCAAAGAAGACAACGCUAUAGCUAUGUCAUGUUGUGGCCUCCUAUUUUUCGGCGUUCCCAAUAGGGGGUUGAACAUUGGAAGCCUCGAGACCAUGGUCAAGGGGCAGCCAAAUGGCAAUCUUAUCCGAGACCUCGCACCGAAGUCUCGAUUCCUGGCUGAUCUUACACAACGGUUCGAUUCGUGUUUCACUCUUAAAGAUACCAAGGUCAUUAGUAUCUACGAAACACGGGAAACGGCAACAGUCCAGUGGUCUGAUGAGACAGCAUCAUGGAGAAGGACCGGUCCCAGAGUGAUGAUGGUUGAGCAUAUGUCUGCCAUACACGCUACUUCACGCGAAAAGUAUUACGAUCAGCUCCCAAUCGACGCAGAUCAUUCCGACUUAGUUAAAUUUCCCGAUCAAGCUGACCAUAACUAUGCAUUUGUUGAGAAGAGGAUCAUAGAGCUAGUUUCUGAAGGGCCAAAUAUUGUUAGAGAACGGUUUGCGAACGAACGGAAACAAAGAACCGAAUUAGAAAAGAACUUCAUCAAGUCCCUUGACGCCCCAGAGCAUGAAGCAUUUCGAAACGAUGUCAGGGAUGAGACACCUGGUACUCUAGGUUGGUUCUUAGAGAAAGAAGAAUUCAAAUUGUGGAAGACUUCUUCUGAAUCGACUAUACUCUGGAUUACUGGUCCAGCCGCCCAGGGCAAGACGAUUCUUGCCAAAUUUCUCCUCAAACAUCUCGAAGAUCCUGCUGUACGGAAGAUGGGGACAGUGGUGAUUUACUUUUUCUUUGAUGAGCAAGGCACCAUCCCCCACAAUAUAAACUCGGCACUGAGGUUCUUGAUUCGUCAACUUCUAGUCAACUCUCAUAAACCCACUUUUCCAUCUAUCUUGUAUGAUGUUGAGGCUCUUAACCUCGAAUUACUAUCCGAAGAGACUCUGUGGAAAUUAUUUGAGAGCCUCCUACAAGCAUCUAUGCUCGGCAAUAUCACCUGUGUUAUUGACGCGUUAGAUGAGUGCAAGGAUCAGAAAUCGAUCAGACGAUUAGUAGGGUUAUUUGAAAGACUGACAAAGGCAAUACAUCGCGACCAAAGUAAACCACCAACCUUGAAGACAAUCUUUCUGAGCCGACCCACUGUUGACAUGGAUAUACAUCGGGUCCUUUCCCGGCAUUUACGUAUUGACCUAAUGGCCAAGUCGGAUGACAUAAAGGCUUUCGUCCUCCAGGAGGUUGAAAUCAUCGGAAUAGAUGACAAUAUCAAGGACGAAACUAUCAAGCUUCUACAAGAUCAAAUUGGGCAAACAUUUCUAUGGGUAUCUCUCGUUAUCAAGAGAUUGCGGGCAGAGGGACCUCUCUCGAUGUUGGACGUAAAAAGCAUGAUCCAGAACAGUCCUACAGAACUAGAUGACUUCUAUGACAACAUAGUAACUGAAAUACUACGAAGGGAAAGCCAAGUACCGAAAAAGAUAUUAUUAUGGGCCACUUAUGGCCAACGAUCUUUAACACUUGCGGAGUUGGAGGAAGCUAUAUUGGUGCAAGAUAAUCCAGAGUCGACCAAGGAAGCGAUGAAAACUCGCGUUAAAUUAACGAAAGAAAGGCUGUCUCCAGUAGUUGGAGUAAUCAUCGACGUCCGCGGCAAUAGGGUCCGAUUCAUUCACCAAUCCGUCAAAGAUUUCUUACUAAAGAGUCACCACCUUGCUGGUGCCGAGUUUUGCGGUGGACUGGCGCCAAACUUAUACUUAGCUAAGAUUUGCAUACAGUAUAUUUGCUUUAGCGAACUCGUAACAAAUCCGAAUGGAAGGGAAGAUCAAGAAAAUUUACUCGGUGGCCAUAAUGGCCAGAGCUUCCUUGGCUACGCGUCACGACAUUGGCCUCAUCACAUUGGAGACGAUCCUAUGAGCAUAGCUACUCUAAGCGAGCUUAUCAUUCGAAUAACCGCUCCGCAUUCUCGUGUGCUGCUGAUGUGGGGCAAGGCAGCCGGAAUAUUUGGCAUCGAGACCGCAAAGGAGCUAUGGAAUAUAGCUGUACUUGCAGAUAUACCAUGGCUGACAACCCUCCCAAGUGUACGACCUCUGUCCAACCGUUUUAUGAUUGCGGAAGCUGCUAAAGGAGGAAUAUCUGAAUAUAACAAUUUACUCGCUCGCGUCCGGAGCCCUAGUGGAUACAUCUCGGGUGACGACGCUUGCAGCAUUACCUCCAGGUUUGACGAGAGAAUGGUCCGCGCUAUGUUAAGCACCAGUGGCAGCAGGAUUAUUACUCGAAGAUUGAUUAUCGCUGCGGCGACGAACACAAGAAGCGGGCUAGCGAUACUUGGUUUACUGGGAGAAAGUGCACAUGGAUUCAGCGUAACGGAGAAAAUGAUAUACGAUUUAUUCGGCCUUAAAUCACUCCAUCAGCCCAAUCUCGUCGGCCAAAACACAGGAGUCCACUUAAAUAAUGUUAUCGAAGUCCUCAUUCGAGGUGAUAAGGUCAAGUUCAUGAACGAAGCUUACGCAAUAUUAGUCUCUAUCGGAUUAGCCACGUUUGACAUCAUAUUCCAUCAUCCCGACUAUAGAAAUUCAUUCUUAAGCAGUAUACGAGACAGUCUCCUAGAAGAUGACCACAGUGAAACGAUGGAUAUCUCAUGUUUCGACCUACAUACCGAAAGCUGGAGCGAAACUAUGAGAAGUUUAUUGUGGAUGAGACUAUGUCACACUGAGUUUACGAACGAAAUUGCUGUCUGGUUACGUAUUGGUUUCGGGCAACCUGUCAUUGAUGCUUUCCUGAAGAGGACCAACAUCCCACAGCUGCUAGAAUAUGACUUCAAAGCAGCUAGAGCUUUGGAUUGUGGGACAGGAUUAGGCACCAUUACAAGCCAGUUGGCUACUGUCCAAUACCUCAGGUACCAAAUACAAAGGAGUAGAAAAACAUGGAACAAUAAAAUAAAGACCGAGCAGGUCAAGAGUAGAAUGCUAGAGAGGGAAUCACAAUACGACAGAAGUAUUUUUGAUAUCAGUCUAGCAGGCAUAAAACCGGUGUGUUGGGACUUGAUGGAUCGACUUCUAGAGCGUCGCAGAAGAGAGAUUCGAACCAUUUACGACUCUGAGGACGAAUAAAUAAUGAUUGCGGAAAUAGCCAAUAAUAAUAGCAAAUUUACAAUAUUCGUAGUUAGGUAAUUAAUGUAUACAUAUGCUGAAUCGAUACUCGGGAAUCCGGAAUUAGUGGUGGCAAAUUCGCCCAGAAUUAUCUGGUCUCAGACUUAGAUGCAACUUUCUGCCACCUCUGACGCCAGUGCUUCGGCGUAUGUACGCAGGUAUUUCGCUAAUUAAUCAAGUAUCUUAUAAUUUAUCUAUGUUGCGAUCCUUUGAUAUCGAACGAGAUGCAUAUUUAACUAGAAGUGCUGGGCAUGAG